UUCACACAUUUUAUAGGGAGGGAAGGAGGAAACCCUAGCCCCAAAAACCCAACCCAGGAUGUUCGCUCUACUAUAAAGCAAUCCAACACCGACCCGUUCCUCCCCCACACCCCCCUUCUCUCUCUCAAACCCUGAUCUCUUUCAUUCCUCUGAAUAAAGAACGCUCUACCUUUUUCCCAUUUCCCUCUCUCUCUCUCUCUCUCUCUCUCUCUCUCUCUCUCUCUCUCUCUUUACACCCAGAAUCCAAUCAAUCCCAUUGUGAAUGGUGGAAAUCUCCAGCAAUCUGUUAAUGAUCUCCCCUUUUACACCCAGGGGGAUCAUCUCAGCUGCCUCUGCUUUCUCCUUUGGUUCCUGCAAGGAAGGCUGGUACUACCGCUGCAUCGGCCCCGACCCCUAAACCUCUCUCUCUCUCUUUCUCCAAAAACUCCAUGCCUAUCCAUUUCUCUCUCUGAACCAACUCAAACCCUCUUUCUCGAUCUAGGCUUUUUUCUGGUCCCUAUAAUUUCUUUUUGGUAAUUUUUGUUUCCAAAUUCAAUAAUGAUGAUUUACAAGCAGCAGAAGAAGAACGGCGGCAGCAAGGGUGGAGGAGGCGGCGGGGGCCGCCUGUUGAUAAGCAUCACCGUUCUGGGCAGCGCGGGCCCGAUCCGGUUCGUGGUGAAUGAGGGACAGCUCGUCGGCGCCGUGAUCGAGACCACGCUCAAGUCCUACGCACGUGAGGGUCGGCUUCCGGUCCUCGGCUCCGACCUCGACGAUUUCGUGCUCUACUGCCCCAUUGCCGGAAACGAAGCUUUGAGUCCGUUGGAGGCAAUUGGGUCCUUUGGUGUAAGGAAUUUCAUGCUCUGCAAGAAGGCCCCGAUGGUGAAGACUGCGGUUGGCGAUGAAAAGCAAACAAUGCCGCGUAAGGGGAACUGUAACUGGAAGGCAUGGUUCAAUAAGUCUCUCAGUCUUAAGAUAUCUAGCCAUUGAAAUUACUACUUCUGCUGUUAUCUGAAUAAAAUGGUAAUUAGUUUAAGGGAGUUGAGUUUCAUUGUUGGUUUUGGUUUUGUUGGUCUGCUUUGGAUAUGGGUUUUAGUUGAAGUACCAAGUACCAAUUAUGCAUGAUGACUAAUUGUGCUUGUCAAUGUUUUUCUCACCUCUGCAAUAAAAUGGAGAAGUUUGGUGUUCACAUA